UCGCCUCUUCGCCUGUGUAUUUCUAGUCUUAGGUAGCCUGUACCCUCUACCCUGUAGUAGCUACUUCAAGGUUUCACUUCGAUAUCAUACCAAUAACGUUCGGAAAUAAUCUUUGAAAACAUAACUGUCCAUCUCUGAACGCCCAUCCUGUACAGCAGUUGUUACGAACGGAAUUGCGCCUUGGCGGGAAUAAAGAUUUAAUGAAAAACUCAAAAUGAGGGGGACGAGGUAAGUAAUCGAUGAUUGACCAGUGUAAUCCUGCCUUUGAAGUGGACUACCAUUUGCCACGUCAUUUGUCGCUAAGUCAGCGCAACCUAAGGUUUACAACUAGUUUUGUUGGCAAUUAGUUGGCGCCAAUUUUUUUAAAACUUGCGAUGGCUUCUUAUCAAUCGGCUGAUUACGAUUAUUCAUCAGUAAAGUUAGCUGAUUUCGAAAUCGGACAGUAUAUCGGCAAAGGACAAUUUAGCGUGGUAAAUCGCGCUCGUUGUAAAGUUAGUAAUGAAAUGGUUGCGUUAAAAAAGGUUCAGCUAUACGAAAUGACAGAUUUAAAAGCCCGUAAUGACUGCAUGAAAGAAAUUCAACUUUUGCAGCAAUUAAAUCAUCCAAAUGUCGUGUGCUACAUUCAUUCUUUCGUGGAGAACAAAGAACUUCAAAUCGUCCUCGAACUAGCCGACGCCGGUGAUCUUGCUCAACUUUUGCGAUAUUGCCAAAGACAACAUCGACUUUUGGUAGAAAAAACGAUAUGGCACUAUUUUGUUCAACUUUGCAGCGCUCUGGAACACAUGCACAGCAAAAGAGUUUUACAUAGAGAUAUCAAACCAGCGAAUGUUUUCAUGACAGCAAAAGGGGUCGUUAAGUUGGGCGAUUUGGGAUUGAGUCGUUUUUUUAGCUCGAAAACCUUGGCAGCACAUUCACUAGUUGGCACCCCUUACUAUAUGAGUCCUGAAAGGUUAAAACAAACCGGCUACGAUUUCAAGUCGGAUAUUUGGUCGCUGGGCUGCCUUUUAUACGAGAUGGCCGCUCUUCAAUCACCUUUCUAUGGAGAGAAAACAAAUUUGUUCUCUCUCUGCCAAAAGAUUGAGAGAUGUGAAUACCCUCCGAUUCCUUCAACUCACUACAGUCACGAGCUUCGCCAACUAGUAGUGACAUGCAUACAUCCAACACCAGAAAAAAGACCAGAUGCCUACCAAGUACUGCAGAGCUCACAAGCCAUGAAUGCUCGAUUUUGUAACAAUCCAGACUAUGCUGCUAUUUCGGAUACGCGACGAUAUGGAACCACUAAUCACACACCUAACAAUUUGCGGCCAGAAGCAGUGUUUCAUAACAACAAUUCAAAAAUCAAACAAAUAUAUGCUGGGAGCCAUCAGUCAGGGAAUUUCUAAGUCAUAAUAAAAUUAUACUUCUCCAGUGUUAGGUGCAAUUAUUCUUUGCAUCCCACUUUUAUUACCAAAUUUUAAGUGAUACGUGAUAUAUGUAUAUUUGAAAUACAAUGAAGUUCUUUUCUUA